AGCAGGCGCAGAUCACACGACUUUGGAUGGUCGGCUCCAGUUCGUCUCAUCCUUAAAUGCCCCAUAUCUUUGCAUCCUGACUGAGGUGACCUGCAUCCACAGGCGGAGCGUCGUACUAUCAGAGCAAGCGAGCAGCACGAGGAAGAGCAUACGUCCACAGAACGGUUAUGGAUGCCUGCCAAGAACAAGGACCAGAUGGUCAUCCAGAGGAUGAGUUGACAAACUUAGUAUGUCAAGAAGAUGAUCUAAAAGAUGGAGAGAUGAGAGCUGUGGAAGUGGGUGAUGCCAAAGUGUUGCUUGUCCGCACACAGGGUCAAUACACUGCUGUUGGAAGUAAAUGUACUCAUUAUGGAGCACCUUUAAUUAAAGGUGUGCUGAUUGGGGAUAGAGUCCGAUGUCCAUUUCAUGGAGCAUGCUUUAAUGUUAAAACUGGGGAUAUUGAGGACUACCCAGGGCUUGACUCACUUCCAUGUUACAAGGUCUCAGUGAAGAAUGGACAGGUGUAUGUUACCAUCAACAAAAAAACAAUGAUGCAAACUAAGAGGGUGAAAGAGAUGUGUAGUGUGACACCAGAGCUCAAACAUACCGUUGUUCUAAUUGGAGGAGGCCCUGCUUCCUUGGUUUGUGCUGAAACACUGCGUCAGAAUAGCUACAAGGGUCGAAUCAUCAUGAUAACCAAAGACAUUUUGCCUCCUUUUGAUAAACCUAAACUGAGUAAGUCAAUGAAUGUAGACAGCAACAGCAUCCUCCUAAGGUCCUGUGACUUUUUCCAUGAGUUUGGUAUUGAUUUGUGGACGCAAAAGGAGGUGGUAUCAGUGAACACAGUCGACAAGGUGGUGAAGCUGUCUGAUGGCAGCUUGCAGCCUUAUGACCAGCUUCUGAUUGCAACUGGUUGUAGAGCCCGUCCACUUAGCUGUCCUGGGUGUGACUUAGAAGGAGUCAUGUUAUUACAGAGUUAUGAAGAUGCUAAAGACAUUCACACUUUGUCUAUGGGUCGAAAGGCAGUGGUGAUCGGAACCUCUUUCAUAGGAAUGGAGGCAGCGUCCUACUUAUCGGACAAAGCUGUUAGUGUUGCAGUGGUUGGCACAUCAGCGUAUCCAUUUGAGCACUCUCUCGGCCAAGAAAUCGGACAAAUGACUAUGCAAAUGUUGGAGGAGCAUGGCGUCAAGUUUUAUAUGAAAAGUGGAGUUUCUGAAAUCAGAGAGCACAAUGGCAAGGUGAAAGAGGUGGUGCUAAAAGAUGGCCAAGUCUUAGAAGCAGAUGUAGUAAUUUUGGGAAUAGGUGUGAUUCCAAAUUCAGACUUUUUGCAAGGAAGUGGAGUUGAACUAGACUCAAGGAGAGCAGUCAUUGUGAAUAAGUUAAUGAUGACCAAUGUCCCAGAUGUUUUAGGUGCUGGGGAUGUUACUGCCUUUCCUCUUUCCAUUCGAAGAGACCAAAUGGUUAGCAUUGGCCACUGGCAAAUGUCACAUGCUCACGGAAGAGUGGCUGCCCUCAGCAUGCUCAAGGAAACAACUGAGAUCAAGUCUGUUCCUUUCUUCUGGACUGUGCUACUUGGCAAAUCAAUCAGAUACACAGGUUAUAAUGAAGGAUACACAGAAAUAAUAUUCAAAGGCACAGUGGCGGAAAGAAAGUUCUUGGCCUUUUACAUAAAGGAUGAUGUGGUGGUAGCAGCAGCCAGUUUAAUGUUUGACCCUGCUGUGGCUCGCUUGGCAGAAAUGAUGGCUUUGGGACAAUGCAUAACAAAAGCCCAGGCUCUUGCUGAUGACCUGAGCUGGCUACAGACAAAACUGUGAGAAAUUCACAGAUAACAAGAUUAAACAUGGGUUUGUUUGCUCUCUCACUGCCAGAUAAAAUUAAACUGUGCUCAGGUCAGGCUUUUAAUAGUAUGAGCUCUAUGCUAUUUAAGAUGCCUUAUGUGCUACUACUGAGACACAGAGUUUAAUGUGUGUGUCUCCUUGUUUAUGAAAUAUAUUUUAAUGACAAAAGCUUUGCUAGUUUAACACCCAGGUUUUCUCAGGUGGUGCUUUUUAAAAUUAUUCUUAGUUUAUAUUCUGUUUUAAUCAAAACAUAACAUCAACUGAUGCCUGUGUUUGUACAAAAAAAAUCUACAUUAUAAAUGUAUUCUCAACAUAUAAAACUUUGAUAUUAAAAUAAUUCUCCUUGG